GUGGACAAAGCCGGUCACCAUAGCAAUAUUAUUGUCAUAUUGGAUUGGGGAGAUUCAAAAAUGAAUCUCCUCAACAUGGAUGCUGAGAACCGCGUGGUUCUGAACGUGGGCGGGAUCCGGCAUGAGACGUACAAGGCUACGCUGAAGAAGAUACCAGCUACCAGGCUCUCCAGGCUAACGGAGGCCCUGGCCAACUACGACCCAGUCCUCAAUGAGUACUUCUUCGACAGGCAUCCGGGGGUCUUCGCGCAGGUCCUGAAUUAUUACAGGACCGGUAAGCUCCAUUACCCCACAGACGUCUGUGGGCCGCUGUUUGAAGAGGAGCUGGAGUUCUGGGGCCUGGACGCUAACCAGGUUGAGCCUUGCUGCUGGAUGACGUACACUCAGCAUCGAGAUACACAAGAAACCUUGGCUGUGUUAGACCGCUUAGACCUAGACACUGAGAAACCGUCUGAUGAGGAGGUGGCGCGCAAGUUCGGCUUUGAAGAAGACUACUAUAACGGCACCGUGUCGUGGUGGCAGCAACUCAAGCCGCAAAUGUGGUCACUGUUCGAUGAGCCGUACAGUUCUAAUGCUGCUAAGAUAAUCGGUGUAAUAUCAGUGUUUUUUAUUUGUGUUUCAAUUAUAUCGUUUUGCCUGAAAACUCACCCGGACAUGAGAGUGCCAGUGAUCAGAAACUAUACAGUGACCACCGCGAACCAGACCCCGGGCUGGGCGUUGGACAAAGUGCAGACAAACGCCCACGUAGCCUUUUUCUACAUCGAGUGUGUGUGCAACGCGUGGUUCACACUGGAAAUCCUCGUUAGAUUUAUAUCCUCGCCUAAUAAGUGCGAGUUUGUAAAGUCCUCCGUUAACAUCAUCGAUUAUAUCGCAACAAUGAGUUUCUACAUCGACCUGAUCCUCCAAAAGUACGCGUCUCACGUCGAGAACGCUGACAUUUUAGAAUUCUUCUCCAUUAUUAGAAUUAUGAGACUGUUUAAAUUGACAAGGCACUCGUCCGGCCUUAAAAUCCUCAUUCAAACUUUUAGAGCAUCCGCCAAAGAACUGACUCUUUUAGUGUUUUUCUUAGUACUUGGAAUUGUAAUUUUCGCGAGUCUGGUGUAUUACGCGGAAAGGAUACAGACGAACCCCCACAACGACUUCAACAGCAUACCGCUAGGAUUAUGGUGGGCGCUGGUCACCAUGACAACAGUGGGUUAUGGUGACAUGGCGCCAAAAACGUACGUUGGUAUGUUCGUCGGUGCACUUUGCGCGCUCGCUGGUGUGCUGACGAUAGCUCUGCCCGUGCCUGUCAUAGUGUCAAACUUUGCAAUGUACUACUCGCACACACAGGCGCGCGCAAAACUACCCAAGAAGAGACGAAGAGUGAUCAACGUGGAGCCUACUAGACCACCGCUAAGAGCUCCAGGUGUUCCAGGGGGUCCGGCAGGUCCCAUAGCACCAGGCAUGGGUGCACAAGCUGUGAAUCGAAGAAUGAAUGCCAUAAAGACAAACCAUCCAAAAGACAUGAUUGGACCUAACAUGGUCGCAAGCUUAAUGCCGGGAAUGGAUUUAGUUGCAACCCGUCUUACACCCAGUCCUCGUGACAUGAGUCCCGCUCUAGCAAUAGCUAUACCAAUGAUGAAGUCCGUUAACCUGGUACCAGCCCAGUGCUUCGAUAAUAUGGCAUACCAUAAUGAAAAACCAGAAGAAAAGCCCUCAGAAGAAACUGAAAGUUCUAGCAGACAAGAAUCGGUUGAAAGUGAUAACACAGUGAAAGUAAAUGAUUAUAACAGCGAACAAUAUGAUAAAAUGGAAGAGAAGACCGAUGCUAGAACACCUCUUCUUAGAGACCAUAAAAUCGAAUCGCUUGACGAAAAUAAACUAAGAGACACCAACAUCGAAAAGCGAAAAUCAUCAGCUUCAACAUAACGAAUAAUACAAAAAAGUUAUAAAGUUAAUUUAAAAAUAGAAAUGUAUUAUAUCGAACUAAUAUAACCGUUAAGUUAGUGAAAGAGACCAAUAGUAUUCUAAGAAUUAUUUUAAAUUAUUAUAA